AAAUUAUCUGGUGGCUUUAUUUUUUUAAUGUUGGCACUACUUUAUAACAAUCACUGUCGAAGAGAAGGUGGUCAAUUAAAAACCCGGAAUAAUUUCGAUUUUUCAAGUUGUUCGAAGAAGUGCACGCGCUCUUUCAAUCGUCUACAAUGAAUAUAGAAGAUUUAGCAGAAGAUAGUGAUACAAGUGACGAAGAUUAUGUUCCCGGUGGAAAACAGGAGGACGUUCCUUCCGAGGUGGACUCAGAUGGGGAUUCCGAAGAUCCAUUGUCGGAUGCUGAAGAUGUGGGCAAAAGGGGGGUCAAGCGGAAGAAAAAGGGUGCGAAAAGUAGGAAGAAACAGAAGAAUGAAUCUCAACAAUCAGAUGAAACAACUGAAACAAUAAAAGAAGAAGAAUCAAUAGAAGAUAAAAAGAAAAAAGAAGACGAUUUGUGGGCGGACUUCAUGAAAGAUACCGGCUUUCAAUCAAGGGGUAGCAGGUUGGGCAGUUCCAAUGUGUCAAAUUCAAAGACGAACACAAAACCAAUAGAAAAAAAGCCGGAGCCUGAGGUGAAGCCCAAAAAGGAAACGGUGAAGGUGACACAGAUUUUCGAGUUUGCUGGUGAAGAAGUUAAGGUAGAAAAGGAAGUUGCUGCGGAUUCGGCGGAGGCACGAUUGUUAAGUAAACCAACAAAAUCGGAUACUAAAGUUGGAAAGCCAGCACCCGCGAGGGGAGGACUGAGCGGUAUUAGUAAUGUAUUGAGUCAACUAGGAAAGAAAGCGAAAAUAAGCACUUUGGAAAAGUCUAAAUUAGACUGGGAUAGGUACAAACGGGAGGAGAACAUUGAGGAAGAACUGCAGAAUUACAAUAAAGGAAAAGAUGGGUACUUAGAUAGACAAGACUUCUUAAAUCGUGCAGAUCUUCGGCGGUUUGAAAUCGAAAGAGAAAUUAGGACUAUAGAAAGGAACAAAAGGAGCACUAUAUAAAUUGUAUUAGCUAUUUCAAAAAUGCAGUAUUCAUGUAACAUUUCCACGUUAGGACUAAUGUAUUAUCGCGUACAUAAAUGCUGUAUCAGUUUUUGACUGUUUCACUUCGUACCGCUACUUUCUGUGCCACCCAUAUUACUGUAACAAUUGUAAAUGUGAUGUAGAUGACAUUUGUCCAAAACUGAUACAGCACAAGCCCAUAGUGGUACGCAGAAGGAUUCGACGCAAAUGUAUACUUUUUACUUUUAAUCUAAUAUGAUUAGGUGAUGAAAUAGAUUUGCAAAUACAUGCAUAAAUUGAGAAUUAUUUUUUAUGAACAAGAACGUAAUAUGACUCAAAUAAAGAAUUGUGCAGUG